GCAAGGCCCACUCCCACUCAGGUCAGGAUGGGGUUGGGAAAGCCAGCAGGCAUCCUUGCAGCCGGGCUUAACCUGCUCCCCGAACGUGAGACUGGGGGGCACGUGGUCACACCCCGAAACCCACCCAGCCGCGGCUCUCCGGGCUUCCAGCAGCUGGGCAGGGAUCCGGAUGCCCCUCGCCCCAGCCCAGGCUGUGGGUGAGACUGGUUCCCUGGAAUAGGGUCUCCGGGGUCCCUGGGGCAGUCACGUGUCCCUAAGGCGCCUCUAAAACCCUCUCAGCUCCGGGGCUCCUCCUCCCCACCUCCGCCUCCAGGUCCUGCUCCCGCCACCACCGUUGCCGCCGCCGCCCGGUGCAGAAGCGACCGCCCUCGGCCUCGUUCCCGGAGCCAAGGCGCCAGCAGCAGCCGGGGCGCCCCGAGAAGACUGGGAAUUGACCAUCGAGUCAUCUUCCCCCUGUCACUGUGUUCAUACAUGCACAGUCUGAUAAGCCUUUUCUGAAUGACGAGCAGCCAUACCCAGGGACAACGACAGGGUAUCUACAUUCGAGGAACUGAAACUGGAACAUGGCAUGAGCUAGGAAUCUGAGAUGGAUUUUGAGCUUGAAGUGUAUUCUAACAAGACGCUGCCCACAGAGAACAACUCUGCUGCCCCUCGGGACUCUGGCCUUCCGGUCUGGGAUGACUACAGAGGCAGUGUGGGUGAUGUUCAGUACUUCCUGAUCGGGCUGUACACAUUUGUCAGUCUUCUUGGCUUUAUGGGGAACCUGCUUAUCUUAAUGGCUGUCACGAAAAAGCGAAGCCAGAAGACUACAGUGAACUUCCUCAUAGGGAACUUGGCCUUCUCCGACAUCUUGGUGGUACUCUUUUGCUCCCCUUUCACCCUGACUUCUGUCUUGUUGGAUCAGUGGAUGUUUGGCAAAGUCAUGUGCCAUGUCAUGCCUUUCCUUCAGUGUGUGUCAGUCAUGGUUUCAACUUUAAUUUUAAUCUCCAUUGCCAUUGUCAGGUACCAUAUGAUAAAGCAUCCUAUAUCCAACAAUUUGACAGCCAACCAUGGCUACUUCCUGAUAGCUACUGUCUGGACUCUAGGCUUAGCCAUUUGCUCUCCCCUCCCAGUGUUCCACAGUCUUGUGGAACUUCAAGAAACCUUUGGCUCAGCGUUGCAGAGCAGCAAGUAUCUGUGUGUUGAGUCAUGGCCCUCUGAUUCAUACAGAAUUGCUUUCACAAUCUCCCUGUUGCUAGUUCAGUAUAUUCUGCCUUUAGUCUGUUUAACCGUAAGUCAUACCAGUGUCUGCAGGAGUGUGAGCUGUGGCUUGUCCAAUAAAGACAACAGGCUAGAGGAAAAAGAGAUGAUCAACUUGACUCUUCAUCCAUCCAAAAAGACUGGGAACCAGGUACAACUCACUAGCAAUCAAAAGUGGAGCCAUUCAUUCAUUAAAAAACACAGAAGAAGGUACAGCAAGAAGACAGCCUGCGUGUUGCCGGCUCCCCCAAAACCUGCCCAAGAGAGCCAUGCAAGAACAGUUCCAGAAAACUUUGGUUCUGUGAGAAGUCAAGUCUCUUCAUCCAGUAAGUUCAUACCUGGAGUCCCCACCUGCUUUGAGACGAAACCUGAAGAAAAUUCAGAUGCUCAUGAAAUGAGAGUCAAAUGCUCCAUCAUGAGAAUCAGAAGGAGAUCGCGAAGUGUUUUCUACAGACUGACCAUAUUGAUACUGGUCUUUGCCGUCAGCUGGAUGCCGCUGCACCUUUUUCAUGUGGUGACGGAUUUCAAUGACAACCUCAUCUCAAACAGACAUUUCAAGCUGGUGUACUGCAUUUGUCAUUUGUUAGGCAUGAUGUCCUGUUGCCUUAAUCCCAUUCUAUAUGGAUUUCUUAACAAUGGGAUCAAAGCUGACUUAAGGUCCCUUAUACACUGUCUUCAUAUGUCAUAGUUCUCACUGUUUUCCAAGGAAAAAAAAUG